AUGGAGUUGACUCCACGACGACACGAACUGCUUUCGGUUUACUUACUUGGACUCGGGACACUAUUCCUUUAUCUUGGCUAUUUCACGCAAUGCUUUAUUUCGGAAUCUGUUUUACAUUCAGUUCAUAGUAAGGAUCCACAGCGGAUAUCGGGUUUUGCAGGAUACUACGGUCAAGCUUUUCAUUACUCAGCUUUUGCAAUUUCAAGCCUAUUCUCAGCUGGUUUACAACACUAUUUUGCUUCAAAAUGGAUUCUUGUCAUAGCUACCGUAAUGUUUGCUACCUAUCAUUUGGGUUUCUUUUAUAUCAACUCGUACUACUUCUACUUCUCUCAAGUGUUGAUGGGAUUCGCUUAUUCAUUGUAUAACAAUGGUGAAGGCGCUUAUAUAGCUGAACACUCAUCACGACGUACGGUUGAAUCAAAUUCAGGAAUUGAAACAGCUGUUGGUCACAGUAGGUGA